GUAUCGCGUCCCGGGGGCCCCCUCCCACUCCCACCGCUGAGUCUGGAACAAACUGACCGGGGGUGGGAGGGGCUGCAGGGUGCAUUCUGGGCUCGACCGUUGGAGGGCAGCAACGGCCAGGCGGCGCCAGGUCCCGGGUGUCGGUGUCAGGGCGGCGGCAUCACCAUGAGGCUGUGGCUGUUGCUGUGGCUGGCGCUGGCUUCCUUGACGAACACGCGCGGUAAAAAGCCGUUUGUGCCGCUGCCUUAUCCCAAAAUCAACAACAGGACCUUUAUCAAGGAGUGUCUCGACGCCCACAACAAGCACCGCUCGGAAGUCAACCCUCCCGCUUCUGACAUGCUCUACAUGACAUGGGACCUAGCUUUAGCUAGAACAGCUAGAGCAUGGGCAAAUAAGUGCAUAUUUGAACAUAACCCAUAUAGAGGGCAUCCUCAUCCGAAACUUAGGCCCACUGGAGAAAAUCUAUUAGCCGGAGGUGCUAUCAGACGUCCAUAUAAUUCUGCCAGUGCAAUCCGUGUAUUCUACAAUGAAGUUAAGUACUACAAUUACAACAAACACUCAUGUACACAUGUGUGUGGUCAUUAUACUCAGUGUGGAGUACUUCUUACAAGCUUGGCUGUGCUAUUGUUUUCUGUCCUAAAUUUGGUCAUCAAAAAAAUAUUGAAUAUUUUGUAUGCAAUUAUGCUCCAACUGGCAACCUUCCAUGGAGACCUUAUGAAGCAGGAAGGCCAUGUAGCAAAUGCCAAAAAGGAGACACAUGUGAAAAUAACCUCUGUAGAAAUCCUGAGCGUGAUCGUGAGAUUGUCAAGCGCUAUUCACGAUGGUAUCCACCCUUUGAACACCGGAUUAUUUGUGAUGAAUCCUGUAUUGCUCUUGCAGUUUUAAGGCCAUUAUUAAUGUUUGUAGCAUUUGCAGCUGUUUUUUAUUUACAAAAACGUUACCCCAAUUUGAUUUUGCAAAAAUAAUUUAUGUUUUGUAAGUGGCACAGAAAACAACACUUCAUUUAAUAUUUAGGUAACUAAUAGAUUGCAUGUACAUGAACACUAAGAUCGUUUUCCUUCACUCUUUGUUUUAAAAAGUAGAUUUUGUUGAUUUCAUUGUUUUAUAUCUUGGAAUUAUAUCAGAUUGUAAACAGUUACUUGUUGCAUACUAAUGAGUUGUGGUUAUUUGUAAAACCAAAUAUUAUUAAAACAUACAUAUUAAUAUAUAGUAGUAUCUAGAAUGCACAAUGUUAUGUGAAAAUAAAUACUAAGCAUAUUAAAAAUACUUUUGACAGGUA